AUGGUCACGAGCGUUGCAACAACAGCAGCGAAUCAACACCACAGCAUCAUCUCCGCGACGAGCAUCCACAAUGGUGGCAACAAUAAUAAUAGCACCAGCAGCAAUGGCAGCAAUAGCACCAACAACAAUGAUAGCGGUAACAAUAGUGCGAACAAUCUGAAGCGAAGCAGUAUGCGGCUUAUCGCGACUCCGAACGUCGCGAGUUCAACUGCUUUGGCAGUUCCGUCAACUCCGACGGUGGCGGGAAGUGCGGGCAGUGGUGGUGGUGGUGGCGGUACACCAACGACACCUGCACCGACGGCAGCAUCAUCAUCAACCACCACAACGGCGACUGCGGUCAUUGACACGGUUGCCUCAACCGUGUCCUAUCACCGACGACCAUAUCCGGAUGCAGCACUAAAGGAGGAUGUACGGUACAACGGUACAGCAUCGCUGACUGGAAACGGUGGUGGAGGAGGAGGUAACGGAGGUCCCGCCGGGAGUAAUUUGCAUCCCGCACUACAGCAUCAGCACAACGGCAAGCCCUCCACUGGGGGCGGUACCGCCAAUGGCAACAGUGGAUCCACCGGCAACACUCCAACGUCCGGAGGUCCCUCGUUGGCGAUGAUGCUGCUGAUGGGUGGAGCGCAGCAUAGCAACGGCAGUAGCAAUGGCCACCACACGCCAACGCCCCCGAACGGGCCCGGCGGAACGAACGGCAACAGCAUUCUGACGCAGGCUGGCCUCGAGGAGUACAGUCGGUCGUACUACGAGCAGACGACGAUGUACCACCACCAGAAGCAGUCGUCUUACGCCCAGUCGGAGGGCUACCACAGUUACGUUUCCAGCUCGGACUCCAGCUCGACGCCGUUCCUCGAUCGAUUGCGCCAGGACAGUGAGCUGCUUCUAUCGCGAUCGUCCCACAACUGGUCCCAGCAGGACCUGCAGCAGCUGGCGUCCUCGACGAGCAGCAGCAUCGGCGAUAAUCACAGCUCGGCGGAAAGCAACAGCUCCUCGACGGAGACGCUCAAGUGGCUCGGCUCGAUGAGCGACGUGUCCGUGGCGAGCCAUGCCACCAGCACCUCCGCGCUAUCCAGUGCCGGUUCAACCUCGCAGCUGAUCGCGCACAGUUCGCGCGUCCGGACACCGCAGCGGCACAAUUCCGAGAGCAUCCUGUACAUGUCGAACGAUGACCAAUCCACGCUCGGCGGUGUGUCCCAGUCGACGGGCUCGCUGCAUCACUCUCACAUGCUGACGCAUCGCUCGCAGCAGCAGCAGCAGCCACAUAACGUCCACCAUCACCGACUCCAGCAGCAGCAACACAACCGACACAGUCAUUUGGUCACGAACGGUGCCAGCGGCAACAAUCAUUCACCUUCGACCACCGUCUCGUCCGGUGGGACAGGAGGAUCAUCCCAAACGUCGACGGCGACAACCACAAUCACGACGUCGUCUACAGGGGGCGGGCCUGCGCAACAACCUUCGCCCACGGGAUCCACCACGACGCAAUCGUCCGGUUCCGCGCCGAACACUCGCUCUAGUCGUAGCAAUAAUCGAUUGUUUCCUAUCAGCACAUACACGGAGCCGCCCGGCAGCGGCAACGGGACUGCCGGAACUUCCGCCAACGGAUCGAUGGUCGAUUUCAAACAACUUAAUACUCACAACUGGCAGUCAGUGGCGGAUCGGAUAAACGAGCUGGAAAAGCACCAACAGCAGCAGCAGCAACAUCACGGCAUCAACCAGCAUAGCAGUAGCACGUCCAACCUAAAUGGAAGUAGUAUCGGUGGCACCGCAAGCAACAAAAAUCAUCUCAGUCAACUGAACUUGGCGGCAGCUGCUGCGGCCGCCGCAGCAUCCACGCCCAGCCCGCUCACGCCGCCUGGCAAGCAAAGGUACACCUACUUCGAUCCGAGUAAAACGCACCGCAUUUCGAACCCCUCGCUGAAGGCCUUCCAAAAGAACGCCGUCAUCUCGUACUUCGAGCGGCAGCAGCAGCACGCCCGCGAGAGUAUCCACCAUCGGCCGAACUCGCUGAACCUAUCGACGAGCUCCGGAGGCAGCAGCCACUCCGGGGGAGGAUCCCCCGGGUCGACGUCAAACUCGCCGCAGUCCGGAUCGAUGAAGGCGCACCCGGGUGGUGCUUCGCCGGCGGUGUCCUCUGGCGUAACGUCUCACUCGCAACGUUCCUCAAUAUCCAGUGCGUACUCGUCGGCCGCCGGUAGUAUGAUGGAGCUGUCGAAUGGAUCACUUUCGAUGGGAAGCUACUCGCCACCAAGUAGCUUAGCCGUGCAGCAACAGCUCGAUAAGCUGGCCGUGAACAAUUUGCGUAAUCAGCUCGCGUCGGUGCACACGAUGAACCUACUGAACAAGGUUGUUGUUCCUGCGAGCCCCGGCGUUCAUUCGCAACAACAUUCACCUCUUGCCGAACAGCUUCAACAACAUCACCUUCAUCAUCACCAUCAACAGCAGCAACAGCAGCAAAUGAUCAGCAAUGCUACAUUAAUACUCUCAUCCUCAGUUGUACCAACCAAUGGGUUGCCAAGUGUUCCGGGGGUCGAAGCACAUUCGAUGCAUGAUAGUCAUGAUAUGAUCUCUACUUUAGAUGGCGCUCCACCACCACCGCCUCCUCCGAGAAACCGUGCCUCAAUGCUACCUAUAGGCAGUACGGGGCCGUAUCCUUCCGCCCAUAUGGCUACCGUAAGAAGAACAUCAUCUGCAUCGGAGUACUCGUCAAUUCGUGAUAAACUGAUCCAACAACGUCAACAGCUGUCAAAGGACCUCCUGGGGCCAAUGAUCAUGGGCCCGAUCAUUGCGCUGGACGAUUGGGUACCGGAACGACCUCCCAAAAACCCAAUGCUACGGAUACCUAGUCCUGAGCUACCACCUCCUCCGCCGGUGAUGACACCGACAGAGGACGUCCUGCUGAUCAAUCAGGACGAACCACUGCCACCACCUCCGCCGGAGCUGCUGCGUCACAUGCGCCAACUGAGCGAUUCCGGCGAUUGUCGAUCGAAUUCCGCAAGCCGACGGAACAGUUUCGCCGGGCAGACUAACAAAAAGAGUCUCUACCGAGCGUCCACAUUUGAGAACCUCUCGCCAGUGAACUCCCCCCCGGCGGUUCCGCAGUUGCCAAGAAACGUUGAACACAUUGUUGCACCUCCUAUGGUACCGAAGAAGCCCCACCAACCUCAGCAGCAGCAACAACAGCAACCACUGUCUCCGUCGGAUGGUGGAAGUAUGAGUGUUCUACGGCGACCAGCUUCCAGUAUGGCCAAAACGCAAACGGUUCCUUCGAUGGCUUCCGCCACAUCCACCAUGAAUGGUGGCGGAAUGCAGAUGCCAAUGCACCACCAUCAACAUCACCAGCAUCACCGACAUUCGCAUCAACUGGCCAGUGGUAGGCAAGGGCAAGACCACCAAAACCAUCGCCUAUCGCUACCCUUGCAGCAGCAGACGGCUCAAGUGACACAGUCACAUUCGGGCAUGGUGAUGAUUCCUGCUCCGCAACAACAGCAGCAGCAGCCAGCGUUCGUUGCCGGUCGUCAGUCGGAUACACGCAUCUCCGUCCGUAAGCGAACACACAACUCGCAACAGAUACCGGUCUCCGAGUAUCUUCUCAAGAUGAAUGGGGCGGCGUUGAACGGCACAACUCCGCCGCCACCGUUGAAGCCCCGCAUGCCAGUGCAGCCGCUGGCCGAUUGCAAUGGGCAGCAGCAAUUUAUCCAGCAUCACCAUCAACAACAACAGCAGCAGCUUCAGCAUCAACAGCAGCUACAGCAGCAUCAUCAACUCAUCUCCAUGGGAAGCAAAAGUUGCACGAGCAAGGACUAUCACAUCUAUCACGUCACUAGUCCUCCCGAGGUUGUGAUCGAAAAGGACUCAGGUGAAAAGCGGGUGCCACUUGCAUCGGUGUACUCGCUCAACUGUCGACAGGGAGGAUAUGCGAUCAGUAGCGACGACGAGGUAGACGACGUCAGUGCAACCGAUGAUGGCGGGGAGGGUAAUAUGUCCUCUUCCACCUGUUCGGUCGCAUCGUCUUCCUCCUCUUCUGCCGGGACGCGACAUUGGUUUGAAGUCUUGAGCCCGAAGAUUCACAUUCCUUUCAAGAAAAAAACGAUGGCAGUAAUGAGCAACUCCAAGGCUUCGUACCUGCCGAGGCAGCCGCGUGAUAAGCUGCACUCCGACCCGGACCAUGGCAGCUAUAAGCUAACGUUGACCUCGAACGAGGACUGCAUCAACCAUGGCAGCAACACCACCACUGGAAGCAGUGCUAGCAGCGGUGGCAGCGGGGACGUUUUCCCGGAGGAGAUCAUCACCUCGCCGAAAUGCAACCUUCCGGAUGUGCUUCCGGCCGGCGUGAAAUAUUCCCUUUACUCGAACAACAACAACAACAACACCAGUAUGAACAACAACAACAACAAUAUCAACAAUCAUCAUAACGGGCACAAUGGCAAGAUGAAGCAUGCGGCGGGGCCACACUCGGCGCCGAUCAUUGCAACCGCGAACAGCCUCAAGUCGCUGUUCAACUUCAACGGCUCGUCGCAGACGUCCGUCGCUUCCAGUGAUCCUGCGAAGGAGUCAACGGCGGCAUCUCCGCCCUCCCUCUACAACGGCAACAGUAGUCCCCCGUUGGCCCAGAUCCAGGCAACGUCCCCCAAGUACACCUCCCAGUCGUCGUUCGACCUGAAGAAAAUGCAAAUCCUCGAAUCGCUCAACGGAUCUUCCACCGACGGUGGCCAGUGCAAUGGCUACCAGCUGUACAACGGCGGCACUGGACACGCCGGAACCGCUGGAAUCCUGGGCCUUCCGACUACGACCAACAGUGGCGCCACCGCUACCCUCACCUCGAUCGCUUCCAUCAACCCCACCACGGAUGGCGAGGCCGAGGAACCGCAGCACCCGGCGUGCGUCGCCGACGAUGGUAUCCCGCCACCGCUGCCCUCCACUCCUCUGCCGGUACUGAACGGCACUAGCACCGGCCACCUCUGGCCGGCGGCGCCAACUGUAAAUAAUUGCAAUGAAAAUCCAGAAAAAUCGACCAAUUUUGAACCGCACCAGCAAUGGAACGGGUUGGUCGGGUUGGACCACCAAUACCACCACCAUCACCACCACCACUACCACCAGCAUCACCUGCAGCAACAUCACGCAAAUACCGUUGCGUCUGCGUCCGCCCAAACAGCAGCAUCCACGGUGGGACCGUCGGUAGAGGGAUCGGUAACGCCGUUGCCUACGGCACCCGAGUGCUCCACGCAGCACGUCAGUGAAGUUUCGUCCGUCGGUUCAGUCGCACACGACGAUGCGCCUGCGUUGUCGUCGGUUGACGCAGCACCAGCUAAUAAUACAGCCACAACAACUACUACUGCUACCACCACCACUGCAGCAACCGUCGCCGCCGUGGCCAAAGAGGAAGGAGAAGGAGAAAGUCGUAGCACCAAAUCAGCGGUGGUAUCAUCAUCGUCGUCAUCUGAAACGGCCGGGUCCGGCGUUGUUGUGAACAACGGUUUGGACGGUAGAGAUAAUAAUCACGUCGGUGCCGGUGACUCACCACCGUACCCGCCGGCACUAGAACGUGUCACGAAGGAGAUUAAUUUCACUGCCACAAGCCUCCCGGUGGAUCACCACAACAACACCGAAGCCGGUGGUGGCAAGUCCGUGGCGCAGGUCCAGCAACUGCUGCAGCGAACCGAGAUCGUACUACGCGUCCAGGCGCCAACCUCCGAAGCGGCUUCGCAAACCGAAAACAACGCCGACGGCCUGCUGCAACCGAACGCGCUUCUUGGGCUUGCCCUAGCCGAGCUUACCAUCGUCCCGGCCACGGCCGCCGUGCACUCCUCCAGUCCGGAGUCGACGGUUCGAAUUUCGAGCAUCAGCCACGGUACGCAAUCGGCAACCGCAACGGUGGCCACAUCGACCUCCAGCAGCCCACUGCCCGGCCCAUCGCCCACACCCGGCAGCCCCGGAAAAGAGAACCGCUUCUUCAACGGUUCACCGCCGCUGCCGCAAACGCCACCGCCGCCGGCACCGCGUAAGCUUCACCCGGAAGAGAUCGACUGUGACAAACUGUCGCACGAUCUCGUCAGCCAACUGUCCCCGUCCGAUAAGCUGCACACCAUACUGGCGCCGAAAACAUUCAAAUCCUCGUCGGACUACGUGUCCGACCUGUUCAACAUACAGAUUGCGCCCCGGCCGCUCAAGAAGGAUGCAUCGACCGCAACGCCAACGGAAGGUGGCGGUCCACAGAAAAGCCCGCUCGAUAUUCUGACGUCCAGCUCGACCUACUUUCAAAUUUCGGAACCGAAGGCCAAGCUGAUGGCGCGCUACAGCCGCGAGAUGACCCUGAUCAACGGUGAUUGCUGUGAUCUGACCAAGAAGAAGGAGGAACUUGUCCAACGUCUUGGCAAAAAGCUACUAGUCCUGACGAACGAACAGACGAGCAUCGCAGAGGAGAGCAACGCCAACGAUCUGCUCGGCAACGAUGUCGCGCUGAAGGUGACGCAGAAGGUGCGCCCAACCGACGCCUCCAAGUUCCGCUCGUACGUCGAUGACGUCGGUUACAUCACGAUGCUACUCCUGUCCCUGUCCGGCCGGUUGGCCCGUACCGACAACGCACUGCACAGCAUUGAGUCGAACCACCCGGACAAGAAGAUCCUGGAAGCGAAACGGGAACGACUGCUCGAGCAGCUGGACGAAGCGAAGCAGCUGAAGGACGACAUCGAUCGGCGUGGGGCGAUCAUCGCACGCAUCCUCGAGCAGGCCCUCACGAUCGAGGAGUACGCCGACUACGACUACUUCAUCAACAUGAAGGCGAAGCUGAUCGUUGACUCGCGCGAGAUCGCCGACAAGAUCAAGCUCGGCGAGGAGCAGCUGGCGGCGCUAAAGGACACGCUGGUGCAGAGCGAAUGUUAGCCUUAAGGGGGAAGGAAGGGGGAUCGAUUCUUAAGCAAAUGCUAGUGUCUAGUAGUGAUGAGGGUCACCGUGAUUUUAAAAUGGGUUAAACGGUAAACGGGCCAGCUACCAAAAACCUCAACCUUUGUUCCCUUUGCGAUGUACGGGGGGAAAGGGAAGCAGCGGUGCCUGUGUACGGCCGUCCCACUGUCGAUGUAUGUUUGGCUGUUUGUUCUUUUCUCUCGAAUAUUUUAAGUGGUUCUGUUCAAUGUGUGUAUGUGUGUUGCAAGGAAGAAAAAAAAUUGAGAUAAGGCAAGAAGAAAACAUUUGAUGAUUAGAGUCCAGCGACCCGUAGGUAGCUUCCGAAUACCAGAAUGGUGGAAGUGAAGGCAUUUUUCCGGUUUUUGUACAUAAAAAACACACAUACACACAAACAAACAGAUACACAUAGGUCUGAUAAUCCUUUCUGUAAUUAGUCAAACUUCCUGCCCGUCUGCUUCUUAGGAUAACGCGCAUAGUUAUAUGAUUCUCUUUGUACGCUUCAAACUCCUUACUUUUAUUCAUAUUUUGACUUUCAAAUGUAUUACAACGAAGAAAGAAUUUUCUUUAAAAAAACACACACACACCUUUUCAUCGCUACCCUGUACGGUUAUUCCCUUAACGGAUCAAGUUCUUGCAUUUCAACGGAGAGAAGUUGAAAUUCAAAGAGUGUUGCACCGCUUUCCACCACCCUUCUGUCCUCGUUUUAUACCCGGUAUGGAGAAGUCAUUUUUUUCAUUGCAUAGUAAAAAAAGAAGAUUGCACCAUGGUUUGUUUGUUUUUGGAGAAAUCCUUCCUCUUUUCCAACCCGCUACGAAAAACCAUCCUAUGAUCCUUCCUUCCGGUGUGUUGUGUUCGUUCGUUCUUCGUAUAAAGGAUAGCAUUUUAUUCCCGAUCCAGAAUGUUUUGCCUACCGUCGUCGCCUACUGAAGCGUUGCCACGACACGGGGAAAAGAAUAGAAACAUACGAUAUGGUGCUUACAAUCGUUUACUUAAAAAAAGCAUUGGGGUCACAGUAGGCGAGAAGGCUAAUCUAUUCGAAAUAGUUUGCUACGGGGCGGAAGGAUAUUCGUUAUCAGAAAGCUAACAAGAAAUGAAAUCGAGAAGCGCUCGAAACAAGUUUUCGAACGUGGUGAAAGAAAUCGAAACGGAAGAUAAAAAAACUAGCAUUGCUUGUGUGGUUUUGUGCAUUGUGUUAGCGCAUAGGCUUAUAAUCAUACUCUAUUGUGUUACGCGGUAUCCUUAAGGGUGUUUAGAGGGAAAAACGAAAGGGCGAGAAAAAAUGUUUGGCAAGUAUAAAAAAGCAGGCGCCAAUCGAGGAGAGAGACACAAGCAGAAGGAGAAUCAAAAGAAGAAAGAGAUAUUGUGAUUUUAUGGAAACUAUUUUUUAAUCGAUCGUCCUAUGCAAAUCAAUUAUAAUUAUGCACUUAGACUUAGGGAGCAUAGUUUUAUAAACUACUUAAAAAGAUCCGAGCAGCGUGUCUGUGUGCGCGUACGUGUGUAUGAUAGAGGAAAAGUCGAGAACAAGAGAGAACUGAGAGAAGGCGAACCGUAAAAACGACACAUUAUACUAGCAAUUCCGCCGGAUUUGAUGCCGGCGAUGCUAUUUAGCUUUGUUUUUGUUUCAUCUUACCUAACUUGGAUUUUAUUUACACUACACUAUUAUUAUUAGUAUUCGUAAACAUAAUUUGCCGAUCGCGAUCGUGCGUUUUUUUUUUUUCGUAGAGCGAGGAUCCCGUUUAAUAUUAUUAGUCCAGUCCACUAGACCCUUACCUAUUUUUUGCGUGUUUGCAUGUGCGUGUGUUUGUUUGCAUCAGUCGACGAUGAAAUCGUCCCCGAAUUUGAAGAUCUUCCGGGACCAGGCAAUAUCAUUAGCUCCUUGCUGUUGGAUUAAGUUGUAAACGGAGUGUCCCGCUUUCGAUUCCUCUUCUCUCCAUUCCGAUUCUUCCUCUUUCCGUGUAGCGUGUAAUUGAAGCAAUUAAAUGAAGGAAAGCAAACGUUUACUUAUAAUCUUAUAUUCAACACCCAACACACUCUCGCUCUCCUCCCAUACACCGGCAAGAGAA